CCCAAUGCUGCUGCCUCACUGGCUGCGGAGGAGUUCACAAGUAAGGACUGGGAAACAUAGCCCUGGGACUCUGCUUCUUCUUCACAGAGGUUUCCCACCCACCGGCAAUGGAGCACUGAACCACCCUGGGAAGGUUGUCUCUGUUGUGGCAUUUCUGGGUGAUCUGAGGACGCCAGUCCCACGGUAAAAUGGUGGAGUCCACAGAAAAGAUUGUCCUGAACGUCGGAGGGAUGCGCUAUGAAACCUAUUGCAGCACGCUCAGGGCUUUCCCAGGAACCAAGCUGCACAGCCUCACCGAACCCGAGGCCUCCAUGGCCUUUGACUAUGACCCCGAUGCCAAAGAGUUCUUCUUUGACCGAAGCCCCCGGCUCUUCCAGCAAGUGCUGAGCUACUUCCGGACCAGACAUCUCCAUUACCCUGUGGACGUCUGCAGGUCUGCCUUGGAGGAGGAACUGGCCUUCUGGGAGAUUAGGGUCUCCCAACUGCCCCCCUGUUGCUGGACAAAGCUUAGCAAGAUGGAGGACCAGGCAGAAGAAUGCAAUGCCUUUGGGAACGCCGAGGAGCCAGACGACAACCAGGGUCUCCUGAGCCAAGAGGAGAGAAGGAACGGCCAUCGCUGGAUGCAUUGGAAGCUCCGAGUAUGGACCCUCUUGGAAAAGCCCUACUCUUCUCUAUGGGCAACGGCUCUGGCCAUCCUUUCUCUGCUGCUCAACAUUGGCCUUGUCAUCCUGACUAAUGUGAACUCUACGACCCACUUUUUGGUUUCCAACGACAACGUCGAGGACGGCUUUCACCAUUACGGACACCGCUGGGCCUUUCUGCACAAGAGGGUUCCUCACCUCCUCUACCUGGAGCUUUUCUUCAUCCUCUUGUUCGCGUGUGAAUUCUUCCUCCGACUCACCGUCUGCCCCAACAAGAAGAAAUUCCUCCGGAGACCUCUGAACGCCAUCGACUUCCUCUCCCUCUUUCCAAUUUUCAUUGAACUUUUCUCAGCCGGACAUCUGUCCAAAGACCAGGCCAUCAUCUUGUGGCUGGGCCUCUUCCGUGCCGUCUACAUCCUCAAACUCCUGAGGGUCUUCCGUCUGGUGGAGACGCCUCUGAUGCUGAGGGUCCUGCCCUACAUGGCCAAGGCCAUCUUGAAGGAGAUCUUCCUCUUCAUGGUGAUUUUCGUCUUCGAAGUCCUCUUCUUCGGCUCCCUCUGUUACUACGCAGAGAUAGAGGAAGCCUACACGCACAUGGAUGAUGUUACCUCUGGCCUUUGGUGGGCAACGAUCACACUGACCACGGUGGGCUACGGAGACAUGUACCCCUUCACCAAGUUCGGCCAAGUGGUUGGAGCCUGCGCAGCCAUCACCGGUGUGCUCACUGUCAUCAUCCUGACCACCAUCUUGCUAGUCAAGUUCAAGGGCUUUUACGAAGCUGCCGUGGCCAAGGAGAAGAGGAAAAGCAUGAAGAGACAGGCAGCCUGAGCACAUGUGUGCUUCUCUGGGGUCACUGGGGAGUGGAAGGACACUUCCAAAAGGUUUGGACUCCCCUUUGCAGAAGCUUCUUUGGACAGCAUGAUGGAGGGAGAUGCUCUCUUCCCACUCUGAGCAAUGGGCGCCUCUGUCCUGCCUCCCUUUCCUUGAAUUGAGCAUCAUGCUGUCAGUGUGUAACAACAAUGCGCUACCGAACCAAAACACGUUUCGCUUUUCUUUGCUGCAGGAUCAGAAAAACCAAAAGAUCCAGAGGAUCGUGGGUGGCUUCAAAAUGCAGACCUGGUGAACCAUGGGUUGUUCUUGGGAAGGGACAUCCUUAAAGGAAGCCUCGUGGAACCAACUGGAACCCUGGACUGAAUCCAGAUUAAAUCUGUCUACACCAGGUGGCUUCUCCAAUAUCUGGCUUCUGGCUCCUGGUUUCUUGACUCCCAUCUCCUGCCUCCAGCACAGACACCUUCUGCUCAUGGUCCAGUUCUGGAAAAAUCCCUCAUGGGCUCAUAUUGGGGAAAGAGACCUUUGGUUAUUCCCUUUGCUCUUGCAACUGAUCCCUUCUUGCUUGAAACCAAAGGGAAUCCAUAAAGCCCUUUCUGUGCUGCGCCUUUCAUGCAACUAUGUAUGCCACCUCCUCCCAACAGUCUUUUUGCUAACUGACAUAAGACAAUAAAUAUUAACACAUACCCUUGGGAAGGUGCACUCUGUCCCCAUAUCGGCCAAGCUAUCACAAAGCAGAAAAUCCCGCAAGCGGCUCUCUCUUUACUCUGUAGAAAAAAACCAUAACAAUAGCAAAUUAAACAGCUGUUAGUUUUAGAGCUUGAAAAUGUUGCUUUUCCAAGCUUUGGUCAUUUUGUUAUCCUUCUGCAAGACCUAUAGCUCUGUUGUCCUUCUACCACACAAAAGUGGAGACUACGCCUGCCUCUCUUUUGACUAACCAUACAUCAAACUAGGCAUUAACUGCACAUUGUUACUCUGGAGGGCCAUGGGAUUUCCUCAGGAAUUGUGGGUUCUUGCAUGGCAGAAAUGGGUUGGAUUGGAUGGCCUUUGGGGUCCCUUCCAACUCUAUUUGAUUCUAUACUCUGAUUUAUAAACCACAUAAUUGGCUUUCCCUUACUUCUUCUAAAACAGUGGUUCCCAACCUGUGGGUCGGGACCCCUUUGGGGGUCGAAUGUCCCUUUCAUGGGGUCGCCUAAGACCAUUGGAAAGCACCUAUUUAAUUACAGCUAUGAAGUAGCAAUGAAAAUAAUUUCAUGGGUUUGGGUCACCACAACAUGAGGAACUGUAUUAAGGGGUCACGGCAUUAAGAAGGUUGGGAACCACUGCUCUAAAUGAAGUGUGUCAAUAUGGCCAGACCACCUUUUACCAGUAGAGGGCGCUCUUGACUCUUAAAUGCAAUUUUUAAAGGCUGCAACUGGGAGCAAUGCAUUAAACGUGUUUUGUUCAAGUUGUUUCUGACUUCCAGCAACUCUCUCCUGGGGUUUUCUUGGCAAGAUUUGUUCAGAGGAGCUUUGCCAUUGCUGCCUUCUGAGGUUGAGAGAGCGUGACCUGCCAAAGGUGACCAAUGGGUUUCAUGGCCAAGCUGGGAAUCGAACCCUGGUCUCUAAAGUCAUAGGCGUUUAUCAGACAGGGUCUCUGCCGCAUGGAACCGGGGCUUUUGCGUACUGGGCGAUUCGAAUUCGUGUGCUAACGCAAAUGUACUUUCAUACUUGGCAUCGUUGGAUGUGCGCCCCUUCCGCAGGGCUUCCGAACUGAGUGCGUACUGGCUCCUCUUUUUGGCGUAUGUUGGCGAGUGCGCUUAAUAAGUGGAUUGGCGAUAUCCGGAAUGGGGCUCUGUUCGAUCUCAGUGCGAAUGGGUCUGGUGUGAAUUCCCAAUCCUGAACUCCAUCGCAAGACCCCCAGAUUCCAACUCUCCCAUGAUGCCCUGUUGCAAUUUGCCCCACUUUUCCUUACGGUGGGUCUUUCCUCUUGCCGGUUCCAGGGAAGCCAGGGAAGGAGCGCUCUUGGCCCAGAGGGAAGAUCCUGCAGCACGCUGGGGAUGACAUUCUGGACACUGCAGCAUCUGAAGUUGGGACCCCCGCUUUGUGCUGGACUUGCUUGGGGGAAUACCUUGCCCUGACUAUCCUCGGUGUGUUCUUCCAAACUUCCCCGGCAACAACUUGUACAAAAGCCCAGGAGACAAGCAAUCGUUCAAUAAAAGAUUUUAAUUAUGA